CCCCCUCCGCAGAUCACCAGCCCAAAAGCUGCAGGGGGGCCAGAGCAUCCCGAUCCAAGCGCGCCAUGCAGGGAGAGGCAGGCGGGGGCUUCAGGGUUUUGGGCAAUCAAAGCUAAUUCAGCAUGCUUAAAAGAAAGCAGAGUUCUAGGGUGGAGGCCCAGCCAGUGACAGACUUCGGUCCGGAUGAAUCUCUGUCAGACAAUGCCGAUAUCCUGUGGAUUAACAAACCAUGGGUCCAUUCUUUACUACGCAUCUGUGCCAUCAUCAGCGUCAUUUCUGUCUGUAUGAACACCCCAAAGACCUUCGAGCAUUAUCCUCCACUUCAGUAUGUGACGUUUGCUCUAGACACUUUACUGAUGUUUCUCUACACAGCAGAGAUGAUAGCGAAGAUGCACAUCCGUGGCAUAGUCAAGAUGGAGUUGGGAAAAGGCUGGAGGUUAACAACAACACAGCCAUUUCAGAUGUUCAAGGGGGAUACUUCUUACGUGAAGGACCGCUGGUGUGUGUUUGAUGGAUUCAUGGUGUUUUGUCUUUGGGUAUCAUUAGUUUUACAGGUGUUUGAAAUUGCGGAGAUCGUGGAUCAGAUGUCUCCAUGGGGCAUGCUGAGGAUACCAAGGCCUCUUAUUAUGAUUCGAGCAUUCCGGAUCUAUUUCCGUUUUGAGCUGCCAAGAACCCGGAUAACCAACAUUUUAAAGCGUUCAGGUGAACAGAUUUGGAGUGUUUCGAUAUUCCUGCUGUUCUUUCUUCUGCUGUACGGAAUUCUGGGGGUCCAGAUGUUUGGGCCUUUCACAUUUCAUUGUGUCACAAAUGAUACAGAGACAGGGAAUAUAACCUGGAAUAAUUUAGCAAUCCCUGACACUCACUGUUCAAAGUUAGAAGAAGGUUACCAGUGCCCACCCGGAUUUAAAUGUGUGGAUCUUGAAGAACUGGGCUUGAGCAGGCAAGAGCUUGGCUACAGUGGCUUUAACGAGAUAGGUACCAGCAUUUUUACGGUUUAUGAAGCUGCUUCUCAAGAAGGCUGGGUCUUCCUGAUGUACCGAGCGAUUGAUAGCUUCCCUCGAUGGCGUUCCUACUUCUAUUUCAUCACCUUAAUUUUCUUCCUUGCUUGGCUUGUUAAGAAUGUGUUUAUCGCUGUCAUCAUUGAGACAUUUGCUGAAAUUAGGGUACAGUUCCAACAGAUGUGGGGGUCCAGAAGCAGCACUACUUCAACUGCUACGACACAGAUGUUUCAUGAAGAUGCUGCUGGAGGAUGGCAGCUAGUAGAUGUUGAUGUGAAUAAGCCCCAGGGAAGAGCUCCAGCGUGUCUACAGAGAAUGAUGAGGUCUUCCAUUUUCCAUAUGUUCAUCCUGAGCAUGGUGGCAGUGGACGUCAUCGUUGCAGCUAGCAAUUAUUACAAGGGAGAAACUUUUAAGAGGCAGUAUGAUGAAUUCUACCUUGCAGAGGUUGCAUUUACAGUUCUGUUUGAUCUGGAAGCUCUCCUAAAGAUCUGGUGUUUGGGCUUCACGGGAUACAUCAGUUCUUCUCUUCACAAAUUUGAACUGCUGCUGGUUGUUGGAACUACGCUACAUAUUUAUCCAGACCUCUACCAUUCCCAGUUUACAUAUUUUCAGGUUCUUCGGGUGGUCCGACUUAUAAAAAUUUCGCCUGCCCUGGAAGACUUUGUGUAUAAGAUUUUUGGACCUGGAAAAAAGCUGGGGAGUUUAGUUGUUUUCACUGCCAGCUUAUUAAUUGUAAUGUCAGCAAUCAGUUUGCAAAUGUUCUGUUUUGUGGAAGAACUAGACAGAUUUACAACAUUUCCAAGGGCAUUCAUGUCAAUGUUCCAGAUACUUACUCAAGAAGGAUGGGUAGAUGUCAUGGAUCAAACCCUUAAUGCUGUAGGGCAUAUGUGGGCACCUGUUGUUGCUAUUUACUUCAUACUUUAUCACCUCUUUGCUACUCUGAUUCUGCUGAGUUUGUUUGUUGCUGUUAUUUUGGACAACCUGGAACUUGAUGAAGACCUAAAGAAACUUAAGCAACUGAAACAAAGUGAAGCAAAUGCAGAUACAAAAGAAAAGCUUCCAUUACGUCUACGGAUCUUCGAAAAAUUUCCUAACAGACCUCAAAUGGUAAAAAUCUCCAAGCUGCCUUCGGAUUUCACAGUCCCCAAAAUAAGGGAAAGCUUUAUGAAGCAGUUUAUCGAUAGACAGCAACAGGACACAACUUGCUUAUUAAGAAGGCUUCCAUCAGCAUCUUCUUCCUCCUGUGACCACUCUAAAAGGCUGGCUAUUGAAGAAAACAAAUAUAUUGACCAGAAGCUCCGGAAGUCUGUUUUCAGCAUUAGGGCAAGAAAUCUUUUGGAUAAGGAAACUGCAAUCAAUAAAAUUCUUAGGGCCUGCACUCGUCAGCGGAUGUUGAGUGGAUCCUUUGAGGGACAGCCUGCAAAAGAAAGAUCCAUUCUUAGUGUCCAGCAUCAUAUUCGUCAAGAACGCAGGUCACUGAGACAUGGCUCCAACAGUCAACGAAUCAGCAGGGGGAAAUCUCUUGAAACAUUGACACAAGAUCAUUCUAACACGGUACGGUACAGAAAUGCUCAGAGAGAGGACAGCGAAAUAAAAAUGAUCCAAGAAAAGAAAGAGCAAGCUGAAAUGAAAAGGAAAGUCCAGGAAGAGGAGUUGCGGGAGAAUCACCCAUACUUUGACAAGCCUCUUUUCAUAGUUGGCCGUGAACAUCGAUUCAGAAAUUUCUGCCGAGUGGUUGUAAGAGCUCGCUUUAAUGCUUCUAAAACAGAUCCGGUUACAGGAGCAGUGAAAAAUACCAAAUAUCACCAACUUUAUGAUUUGGUGGGAUUGGUAACUUACCUGGACUGGGUAAUGAUCAUUGUUACUAUAUGCUCCUGCAUUUCAAUGAUGUUUGAAUCCCCCUUUCGUCGAGUUAUGCAUGCGCCAACACUUCAGAUUGCUGAAUAUGUUUUUGUAAUCUUCAUGAGCAUUGAACUUAAUCUGAAGAUCAUGGCUGAUGGCUUGUUUUUCACUCCAACAGCAGUCAUAAGAGACUUUGGAGGUGUAAUGGAUAUAUUUAUAUAUCUUGUAAGCUUAAUAUUUCUCUGCUGGAUGCCUCAGAAUGUUCCUGCUAAAUCAGGAGCUCAGCUCUUAAUGGUGCUCCGGUGUCUCCGGCCCCUCCGAAUCUUCAAACUGGUGCCUCAAAUGAGAAAGGUUGUCCGAGAGCUCUUCAGUGGCUUCAAAGAAAUCUUUCUAGUCUCUAUUCUUUUGCUGACAUUAAUGCUUGUUUUUGCAAGCUUUGGAGUUCAGCUUUUUGCUGGGAAGUUGGCUAAGUGCAAUGAUCCACACAUUAUUGCAAGGGAAGACUGUUAUGGGAUAUUUCGAAUAAAUGUAAGUGUUUCCAAAAAUCUAAAUCUAAAACUAAGACCUGGUGAAAAGAAGCCUGGAUUUUGGGUGCCCCGAGUAUGGGCUAAUCCGCGUAAUUUUAAUUUUGACAAUGUUGGGAAUGCAAUGCUAGCAUUGUUUGAAGUCCUUUCAUUAAAAGGAUGGGUGGAAGUCAGAGAUGUUAUCAUUCACCGUGUGGGGCCGAUCCAUGGCAUCUAUAUUCAUGUUUUUGUAUUCUUGGGUUGCAUGAUUGGAUUAACCCUCUUUGUUGGUGUCGUCAUAGCUAAUUUCAAUGAAAACAAGGGAACAGCUUUGCUGACUGUGGAUCAGAGGCGAUGGGAGGAUCUAAAGAGCAGACUGAAGAUAGCACAACCUCUUCAUCUCCCACCUCGCCCAGAUAACGAUGGAUUUCGAGCCAAGAUGUAUGAUAUUACACAGCAUCCGUUUUUUAAGAGGACGAUCGCUGUUCUUGUCUUGGCCCAAUCUGUGCUCUUAUCUGUGAAGUGGAAUGCUGAAGACCCAGUGACUACUCCUUUAGCAGCAAUGUCUGUUGUCUUCACCUUCAUUUUUGUUCUUGAGGUCACAAUGAAGAUUAUUGCCAUGUCACCUGCUGGAUUUUGGCAAAGUAGAAGGAAUCGCUAUGAUCUCUUGGUGACGUCAUUGGGUGUCAUAUGGGUGAUACUCCACUUUGCCUUAGCUAAUCCUUACACCUAUAUGAUGGGAGCAUGUGUCAUUGUCUUCAGGUUCUUCUCCAUUUGUGGCAAGCAUGUGACACUGAAAAUGCUGCUGCUGACUGUAGUUGUCAGCAUGUACAAAAGUUUUUUCAUCAUAGUAGGGAUGUUCCUGCUACUGCUUUGCUAUGCUUUCGCUGGGGUGGUUUUAUUUGGCACUGUGAAGUAUGGUGAAAACAUCAACAGGCAUGCCAACUUUUCAUCAGCCGGUAAGGCCAUCACUGUACUCUUCCGAAUAGUCACCGGGGAAGACUGGAACAAGAUAAUGCAUGACUGUAUGGUUCAACCUCCUUUUUGUACACCAGAUAACAACACAUACUGGAAGACGGAUUGUGGAAACUAUGCUGGUGCUCUUAUGUAUUUCUGUUCUUUUUAUGUCAUCAUUGCAUACAUAAUGCUGAAUUUGCUUGUGGCGAUAAUUGUGGAAAACUUCUCACUAUUUUACUCCACGGAGGAGGAUCAGCUCUUAAGUUAUAAUGAUCUUAGGCAUUUUCAAAUCAUAUGGAACAUGGUUGAUGACAAAAGGGAGGGAGUGAUUCCUACUUUCCGAGUAAAGUUUUUACUAAGGUUGCUGCGAGGGAGACUGGAAGUUGAUCUGGACAAGGACAAGCUUUUGUUCAAGCACAUGUGCUAUGAAAUGGAGAGGCUCCAUAAUGGUGGAGACGUAACAUUCCAUGAUGUACUAAGCAUGCUCUCAUAUAGGUCCGUUGACAUCAGAAAAAGUCUUCAGCUGGAGGAACUGCUUGCUAGGGAACAACUGGAGUAUACAAUAGAAGAAGAGGUUGCCAAACAGACCAUACGAAUGUGGUUGAAGAAGUGCUUAAAACGCAUUAGAGCUAAACAACAACAGUCAUGCAGUAUUAUCCAUAGUCUCAGAGAGAGUCAACAGCAAGAGCUUAGCCGGUUUCUAAAUCCACCAAGCAUUGAGACAACACAACCAAGUGAAGAUCUGAAUGCUAACAAUCAAGAUAAUGCACAACCUGAGACGAGUAGUCAACAGCAGCUCCUUAGUCCAACACUUUCAGAUAGAGGUGGGUAUCGACAAGACUCUACUGAAGCCGGUAAACCUCAGCGAAAGUUUGGACAAUGGCGUUUGCCUUCAGCCCCAAAGCCAAUAAGCCAUUCGGUGUCUUCAGUCAAUUUACGGUUUGGUGGUCGUACAACUAUGAAGUCUGUGGUGUGCAAGAUGAAUCCCAUGUCAGAUGCGGCUUCUUGUGGGUCAGAGGUCAAGAAAUGGUGGACAAGGCAGCUGACUGUGGAGAGUGAUGAGAGCGGAGAGGACCUGCUUGAUAUCUGAUAGGGAAGAGAUACCAAUUGACAUCACACUUAUGCAAUGUAACUUUGGAAUAAAAUCCAUUUUUUCCUUGUUUUUAAA